AUGGUGAAGGACACUGCAUACUAUGACAUAUUAGGUGUGACUUUUGAUGCAUCUACUGCAGAUAUCAAGAAGGCUUAUUAUGUCAAGGCAAGAAUUGUUCACCCCGAUAAAAAUCCUGGGGAUCCUAAGGCCGCAGAAAAUUUUCAGAAACUUGGUGAGGCUUACCAGGUUUUAAGCGAUCCCGGGAAGCGUGAAGCGUAUGAUAACAAUGGAAAGGAGGGACUACCACAAGAAUCCAUGAUGGACCCUUCAGCUGUGUUUGGUAUGCUUUUCGGAAGUGAAGUUUUUGAAGAAUACAUUGGAAAACUUGCACUCGCUUCUUUAGCAUCUAUAGAGAUUGAUGAAGAUAUACAGGAUCCUGAAGUUCAGAGGCAAAAAAUUCAAGAAAAGAUGAAA